GAUGAACUAGCUAAAGAACUCAUCUGAAGGAAUUGCUCGCUGAAAAGAUAGAACUUCGCAUAAAAUUACAGAAAAACCAGACCCGGUGCUCUUCCACGGAAACAUGAAAUUGAACCUCAAAUCGCUGUGCUUAAUCUCUCUGAUAUUCUUGCUCAUAAGCAGCCCAGCACGUUCAUCAUCAACCCCAACUCCGAGGCCUUGGCCGGACCAAUUCCACGCGCUUCUGUACAUGAACCUUAGCGACACGCGCCUUCAACUCAGUGACCUCUGGUACGACUGGCCCAAGGGUCGGAACGUCAACAUUUUCCGGAGGCAGCUGGCCGGCGACAUCCUGUACGACGUCGAGUGGGACAACGGCACGUCGUAUUACUUCACGCUGGGGCCAAACCCUACGUGCAGGGUGACGGAGUUCGAGGUUGGGAUUCCGAGGCCAGAUUUUCUGGACAACGCUAAUUACCUUGGAACUCAGGUCACCGACGGCUUCCUCUGCCACGUUUGGGAGAAGGUCGACUUCAUUUGGUACUACGAGGAUGUUCUUACCAGAAAGCCCGUUCGAUGGGACUUCUACGACGGAAUAUCGUCACACGUCAUAACCUAUGAGGAAGGUGCGGUUUUGCCAGAUUCAGUUACCCAAGCGCCUGCGCAUUGCUUCAACCAGGUCAAGCACAAGCCCACCGUAAGCUGGUUCAAUAAGUUUCGCCGCCGUAAUAUUGAUACUUAAAUUGUGUGUGUUGAUGUGGAAAUUUUUCCCCCCUUGACCAGAACUUAUUUACGUUAAGCAGACAUAUUUUUCAGUAUAUUGUAUACAGAUUAAGGGUGGUAAAUCAUGUGAAACGGACGCCGUAACAGACGCUAGAAUCCAUAGUCAAAUGAUGUUCAAUUGCUCAUAGAAACCAAACGACUUGGACUAACCUGAAUCUACCAGCCAUAUGUCAGAGCUGUUAGGUUACACCUUCGUAAUAAUUUUAUGGAUCAGAGUAGAGAUUUACCUUCAA